AUGUUUGCGGCGCCAUGGGUAUGCCGGCAAUGUGCAAGAGAAGUUCUGACGCGCCGUGUGGCGGUCCAAUUCCGUCGUCACGCGAGCGGCACAGGCGCAAGUACGAUGCCGGCCGUCCUUCUGGAGCGGGCAAGACGACUCGCGGCCGAACAUGGCCAGCUGCAGCAAUCUCUGGAGACAGAGUACGAUGCCACAGCAGCCAAGCGGGCGGGCGAGAUCCAGGGUGUAGCCCAGGCGCUGGCUGAGUGGGAGGAGGCUCAACGGACGGCCGAGGAGCUGCGGACGAUGGCGUCGGCACAAGAAGAGGACGAGGAGCUGCGGAAGCUGGCAAAGGACGAGCUGGAGGCGACAGAGGCGCGGCUGGACGGCGUGGCACAGCAGCUGACAACGACGCUGACACCGAAACACCCGUUUGGCGAGAUGCCAUGUCUGCUAGAAUUCCGACCAGGUCCAGGCGGCCUAGAGGGCCGAUUUUUCACGGAUUCGCUGUUCCACAUGUACCAGAGCUACUGCACGCGCCAGGGCUACCGGGCGCGAGUGAUCAAGUACGAGGUGUCGGACAGCCUGGGCGAGACGGGGGCGGAUGGCGAGAGCGCGCUGCAAGAGGCCGUGCUGGAGGUGCAAGAGGCUGGAGCCUACGACGUGUUCCGCGGCGAGGCGGGCAUCCACCGGGUGCAGCGGAUCCCGGCGACGGAGAAGAACGGACGCACACACACGAGCGCGGCGGCCGUGUGGGUGCUGCCGUCGUUUCCGGACAGCAGUGGCGAAGGCGACUCGGCCAACGACUACGACGAUCCCGAGAGCGACUUUUACGUGCAGCCGGCAGAUGUGCGCGUGGAGACGAUGCGGGCGCGCGGCGCCGGUGGUCAGCACGUCAACAAGACCGAGUCGGCCAUCCGGCUGACCCACGUGCCCUCGGGCACGGUCGUGUCGAUGCAGGACUCGCGGUCGCAGCACCAGAAUCGCGACUCGGCCUGGAAAAUCUUGCGGGCGCGCAUCGCGCAGCGUCGCCGCGAACAGCGCGAGGAGGAGGCCCGCCGGCUGCGCGACGCCGUGCUGUCCAAGGCGCAGGUCACGCGCUCCGACAAGAUCCGCACGUACAACUACAGCCAGGACCGCGUGACCGACCACCGCUGCGGGCUCGACGUCCACAAUCUGCCGGACGUGCUCGCUGGCGGCGACACGCUCGCGCGCAUCGUCAGCGCCGUGUGCGCAUGGCAACGCGACAGAGAUGUCGAGGCUGUGCUGGCCGAGGAGGCGGCCAAGGCCAAGGCUGACACCGAGGCGGCUGUCGCGCCCAGAAAGGGCCGGUAG